AUGUCAUCGACUUUUUUCUUGGGAGCAUUGGAUUCUAGCUAUGGCACCAUCUCAUGGCUCGUUAUGACAACAUCCAUCAUGAGCGAGGAGAAGGGAUUUAUAAAAUUCCUCUUCUCCUGUAAUUUUCAACCUGACAUCCUUCAUCUCCUUUCAUCUUUUGUUUAUUUCUUUCAAACUACCUACCUGGUAUCAAGAGCAGAGUUUUCAAAAAACAAUCACAUCGAAAACAUACAAACAUUAGUCUAUAUCAAGAUGACGCGCGCCCGUGACAUCGACGAAAUCUUCAAUGUAGAGGCUCUUGAGGGUAUCAACUUGUCCAUAAGUGCCCCAUUCCGCAAACUCUCCAAUCGUCUCUUCAAUAGGAAGAAGAAGAAGAAAAAUAGAGAGGAGCGGGCCUAUGAUGAGACACCUGGAGAGGAAGUAGCUGGGGAGUCUACUCCCGACAAGCUCAUGAAGUCUGCCUCUGAUGAAGAAGAGAAUGAUUAUCUCCCUACUCUCAAGAAGCUUGCUCCUCCAGUUGAUAGUGUACACCCGCUCAGGAUCAUCGAAGGACCGGACGGGCCUAUUUUGCCGCACAAGGGCCCCGCAGGAUAUCGCCCUGGUGUCCACCGGGCGGUAACUAGGGUCAUCAUCGAGGCCCAUCAGCGUCCCGAUCCAGGACCGUCUUACCCGACGCUUCCUGGCUCCAACCUCCCUUUUCCUCGCCUUCCGCGCCCACCUGUGACUGCUACCUCUGCCCGAGCUGCUGCGGUUGGCCCAACAUCAGCGACUUCGGCUGUUUCUACCCCGUCUCCUCCGUCUUCGCCCGAGGUUCCCCAGGCCAUAAAGGUCGUAUCCGAACAUCCACCUGUUCUCGACCUUCCUCUUCCAGGCUCGGCCUUUAGCAUGCAGGACCUCUCUGAUAUUUUCAGGGCCUUGGAUUAA